AGAUUACCAUCUUUUUUACCUGGCUACGCACAACACAAUUUAAAGUCUGCUGGCUUUGUGAAGCACAUUACCUGGGGAAAUGAGUGUAACACUCACAAAGGGGGCAGUUGAAGACCUGGUAAAAGGCUCAGAGGUGAACAAUGCCGUGCUGCAGAUACUUAACAUCCGUCAGGUGUGUACUGGCUCUCCACCCAGGUACCGGCUAAGGAUGAGUGAUGGUCAGCACACUUGGUCUUCCUUCCUACUGGCUACACAGUUAAACAAUCUGACAGAAGACAACCUGGUACCUAACAGUGUGUUUCUGUUGAAGAAGUCCAUCAACAAUAAAUUGGCAGAUGGAAGGUCUGUGGUGAUUUUGUUGGACAUGGAGAUGUUGCAGUCUGCCGAAGAAACUGGAGGGAAGAUUGGAGAUCCCACUCCAUAUGAAACAGUUGUUAAGACGUCAUCUUCACAGGAGUCUGUCUCCAGCACCUCUGUCCCGGCCUCCCCUCCAUCUGCAGCAGAACCUGGACCCUCUAAAUGGAACAAAAGCAACCAUUCUCCUCCACGAGGACAGGGAAGUGGUUUUGUGGGAAAGUCCCCCAUGAAGGCAUCACCCAUGAAGGCAUCACCCAUGAAGGCAUCACCCAUGAAGGCAUCACCCAUGAAGGCAUCACCCAUGAAGGCUUCAACCUCCAAGUUUUCACCAAUGAAAGCUUCACCAAUGGAAACUUCCCCUCAGAAGUUUACACCCACAAAGGGUGGCAGCACUUCUCUAGGUUCUUCAACAAAAGUGAUUCCAAUAGAAUGCCUCAACCCUUACCAAAGCAAAUGGACUAUCAGAGUCCGAGUCACCAACAAGUCCAGCAUCCGCACCUGGAGUAACUCUCGAGGAGACGGAAGGCUUUUCUCCUUUGAAGUACUGGACGAGAGUGGAGAAAUCAAGGUCACAGCGUUCAACAAAGAAGUGGACAAGUUUUUCUCACUAGUGGAGCAAGGCAAGGUGUACUACAUCACUAAGGCUACGCUGAAGGUAGCUAACAAACAGUUCAACACACUGAAGAACAACUACGAGAUGACCCUCCAGGCCGACUCAUCCGUCGUGCCAUGUGAUGACAGUCAGGGCAUUCCCGCAGUGAACUGUGACUUUGUGCCCAUUGCAGAGCUGGAGAACAGAGAUACAGACACCAUUGUUGAUGUAAUUGGAGUGUGCAAGAGUGCCGACGAUGUAUCCCGUAUCACCACAAAGACCAGCAGAGAAGUCUCCAAGAGGGCCCUCCAGCUAAUAGACACGACUGGCAAUGUAGUGACACUCACACUGUGGGGAGAGGAGGCGGAGAAGUUUGACAGCUCUGUAAACCCUGUGGUGGCCGUCAAAGGCGCUCGGCUGUCUGAUUUUGGGGGCAGAUCUGUCUCGGCGUUGUACAGUUCAACAGUCAUGGUCAACCCAGACUUACCCGAGGCUUUUAGUCUGCGGGCCUGGUAUGACCAGGGAGGCUAUGCGCUGGACGGCCGAUCCCUCACAGAGAUCAGGUCAGCGGGCAGCGGAGCAAAGACCAACUGGAAAAUGCUGAGCGAAGUUAAGAAUGAACACCUGGGUCAUGGAGAGAAGGCUGACUACUUCAGCUGCCUGGCAACGGUCCUGUACACUCGUAAGGAGAACUGUCUGUACCAGGCCUGUCCCACUGAAGACUGCAACAAGAAGGUGAUCGACCAACAGAACGGACUGUACCGCUGCGAGAAGUGUAGCCGAGAGUUCCCCAACUUCAAAUACCGACUCAUACUUAAUGCCAACUUAGCAGACUUCGGGGAUAACCAGUGGGUGACAUGCUUCCAGGAGACAGCUGAGGCCCUGUUAGGUCACAGUGCAGAAACACUGGGACAGCUCAGAGACACAGACGAGAAUGCAUUCGAUGAAGUCUUUCAGAAAGCCAACUUUACAACCCACAUCUUCAGAAACCGAGUCAAGCUGGAGACGUAUAACGAUGAGAGCAGAGUGAAGGUGACGGUGAUGGAGGUGCAGCCGGUGGACCACAGGGAGUUCAGCCGGAGACUCCUCAGCAACAUCCGGAGAUUGUCCAGCUGAACCCGGUCCCAGUCAUCUGAAAGCUGCCCGGUGAUUAAACUCUUCUUCCACCGGUCUCUGACUGGUGUCCGCCGCUUCCCUCCAGCCAGAUAACAGCCUAUCUGAGACAGCAGAGGGCCGGUGAUUCAUCGCGUUAAAUGGCAGCCAAACAAAAGAUUGAUAUUUAGUUGCUCACUUCCCUCAGCGAGCCAUUUGUGAAACACUGCAAAUGGCAUGGGGAUGACUUUUACCUUUUCUUUAUUCAAUGAUAUUUUAACAAAGAGCUUUGACUUUCUGAUUAUGCAUAACUGUGUUCUAGACCUGCUUACAUUUGUAUCAUGUUUCAUGAGUAUCAAACACGGUAAGUUUGAAGAGUUUUCUCUGUUUUAUACCAAUGAUUCAUCUCUUUGGUUUCCAAUCUGUGGCUCAGUGUGCGUUGAGUGAGAUUUUAUUUGAUUUUCAUUGUUCCGUUUUAAACCAUGGCAAAAGUGUGUGGGUGUUGGCAUUUGUUUCAACUUACAGCGUGUAAUUAUUGUUAAAAUUAUCCUUAGAAGUUUAAGAAAAGAAUUUUGAGUGGUUCUGCACAUCCUAGAUAUGUCAAAGAAAAAGUGAUCAAUUAUGUCAAAAAUAAUCUCUCAUCAUUUGUUAUAAAAAGGUUUUGAUUUCCUUAAA